AGAACAGAGGAGCGUAGAAUAAAAAUUGGGUUGCCUGACGCUGUUCACUAAGCCAUUUCAGUAUUCAUCCCCUAGUAGAUAGCAUGUAGCGACCGUACUUGGCGCUUUUCGACAUGACGCCUAUGACUCCGUCGCCGCAUCGGUUCCUCGCUGGUCAACGUCGACAGGCUUCACCUACGAAGUCCACAAGGCAACCGUCAGCACUUCGCAAGCAAUUAGAAAAUGAUUCAGAGAGCGCGGCUGUGGCCAGGUUUGCUGCAGCCCCUCGCUUUUCCGCUUCUAGGGUAGGGCCACAAAAUCCCACAAGGCCGCCAUCUCCACCGCGGCCGAGGUUGAUAGAUGCGCUACGGCCAUCAACGAGACUACACGAGGAUGUUGAAGAUGCGCCAGCUCCAGACUCUCACCAUGAUGAGGAGAUGCUCGAUGUGGAGGAGGCGAGUGCGCUACCAACCACAGAAAGCGACAGGCUGUUAUUCGAUCAUCUGACGCACGAUCUCCCUCUGUCGCCGAAGCGGCGACGAACGAACAUUGAACAAGGUAUGAGCGUGCGUCCAACAGCCCCACCCGCCAGACCAACGUUCAGACCUCCCGAGACAACAGCUUUAAGCCUGAACGCGACACCAGCUGCGCGCUUCGUGGCCGCUCAAAGUCCAGCUCCCUUGACCACCUUGGGCGACACGCAACGGCCAUCAUUUCUGCGAUCGUCAGUUGCGCCCCGAGAGCCAUCGGAGCCGCUGCCGGAGGCAUUCUCGCCCCACCGUCGAGGUCAGAAGUUCAUACCCGGUGGCCUCGCGGCCACCGUGCAACAGUGGGUUAUUGAGACUGGACAAGGUGCAGUACAGAGCAGGCGAGGUCAGGCUUACUCGCGAGGAGAUGAUUAUGUGCUCAGGAACAAAAUCAUGCAGACGCGUGGUAACGGCCCUUUCACUCUUGUGGCAGAUGUCAGUGGCACAAGUCAUAUGAAUGUUUUCCUAGCGGGAGCUCACUGUACUAAAGGUGUAAACACGGUUCGGGUCGGGAGCACUGUAGGUGUUCGCGCUCCCGUGUGGGACAUUGACAUCGAGGGACAAACGUGGAAGGUUGGUAUUGACUGGAAGUUGUUGUCCUAAUGUCGAGGUUCGGCGAAUUCUAAGCGUGAAAGGCAGUCGUUUAACCCGUUCUGCAUUCCGUUUAGUGUCCGAGUUGUUAAUACAGUGCUGAAGGCGAGCGGUCGAACACGAUGCGGACGAUUCUUCAUCGUCGAACACGGGAGGGCGCGUGUACCUGCAUAAGCGGGACGCGUAACAACACGAAACUUGGUUGACUCUGAUGGUUGCCAGCCAUCUGUUUAGAGUGUGGCUGAACCUUAAAGAGCUUGAGCACUCUCACAUCCACCCUGCAACCAAGCAACCUUGCAUAACAGCCUUACCCUGCAAGCGAGCUUGAACAUUCAC